AUGAAGAGAAACGGACAAAAGAGUCAAAAUAAGCACCGAUUGGUCAAGACCGUGAUCGACAGCCGUUUUGCCGAUGCGCUUAAAGACGAACGAUUUCAGAACAAAGCUAAGGUUGACAAAUAUGGAAGAGUUCUCCCAAAGAAAAGUGCAAUUGCUGAAGAGAUGGAGGAAAUGUAUGAGAUCGAGGAAGCUUCGUCAAAUAAAGACAAUAAGAAAAUAGCGAAGAGGAAACAACAAAGAAAAGGGAAAGACGACAAAAGCAUCGUUGAAGAAGAGGUUGAUGUGAAAGUCGAAAGUGAAAGUGAUGACGAUGAGGAGGAGGACCGCGAAUUCAAGCUUGAUUUGGCGAGAGGACACGCGGAGAUGCUUUCUUCAUCGGGCGACAGCAGUGAUUCGGAAGUGGAGGAAGUUGUCGAAGGAGAUGAAAAUGAGGAAUGGGUUGAAUUGGACAGAGAUGCUCCUCGUGUUGAAUGGUCAUCAUAUCGUCUUGCAAUUUGUAAUCUCGACUGGGAUCAUCUCAAUUCGGAAGAUUUAUUCAUCCUUUGCCAAUCUUUUAUAAAGGGCGGUGGCGAAGUGAAAAGUCUGACGAUAUACCUCUCGGACUUUGGAAAAGAACGAAUGGAAGAAGAAGAGAAAGCCGGACCUUCAUUUAUGGUUGAUGAGGACGAUGAAGAAAGAGAUGAUCGAUGGCACGGGGAAAUGAAAAAAAAGAAAGCCAAUAUAGCUGUUCGUCAAUAUGAGAUCGACCGUCUCCGUUAUUACUACGCGGUCCUUGUUUGCGAUAGCCCAGAAACGGCAACGAUAAUCUACGAGCAAUGUGAUGGACAUGAAUUCGAGAACAGUGGAAUGAGGAUCGAUAUGAGGUUCAUUCCGGAUGAAAUGCAGUUUGAGGACGCUCGAGUUAAGGAAAGAAUCACUCGCUCACAAUUGAAACUCGACAACUAUCGGCCAAAGGGUUUUAUUAACAAGGCAACUUCUAUGUCAAACGCCGAAAUCACUUGGGAUGAAAACAAUCCAGAUCGAGUCCGUAAAAUGAAGAACGCCUUUGAAGAAGAGGAUAUGGAACGAGCCGGGAAUGGGUUGAUCGCUUCAUCAUCUGAUGAGGAAGAAGACAAAGGAGAUGAAGGGAAGAAUCGAGAUGAACGGAUUAACAUCCUCAUGCAAGCAGCUGGAUUGGAGCAACGAGACAAAGAUCUUGAGAUUGAAUGGGAACCACCAGAGGCUCACGAGAAUUCCGAUCAAAGUGAUCUCGAUGAAGAUGAAGAAAUGGGUAGAGAAAGUGAGGGGGAAUCUUUACCGUCGGAUGAGGAGUCUAAAACGAGCAAACAACCAGCUAAAAAGGUACAAAAAUGGAAAGCUUAUCAAGAUCGACGUCGUGAAUUGAGAAAAGAACGGAAACAAGCAAUUCGUGCGAGCAAAGAAAUGGAGAAAUCUCAGACAGAGGAACUACCAAAGAAAACGAAAAAAGCAAAGAAAAUGCCCAAAAUAACCGAAGAUGAUACAUCUCGAGUGGUUGCUGAUUCUCGUUUCUCGGCUCUCUUUACCGAUUCAGCAUUUGCCAUUGAAAAGUCAAGCAAGGAUCUUAAGGAUGGUUCUCUCAUCACAAAACAAGUGGAAGCGCGAAAAGCGAUGAUGUUGGAGGAAAACAGAAAGGCAAAGAGAAACGUUGAAGAAUCGAAUGCAGGAGAAAAGAGAUCUGAAGGACAACAACUCAUCGAAAAACUCAAAAGGAAAACGGCCGAAGGUGUUAAGAAAAAACUUCCCACAUUG